AUGGACAAGGCCAGUCAUGCAUUGAAGCAAAGCUUACCAUCUGCAGUACGCAGAUCGUUUCGCACACUAACUCUUCACAGCGAUGUAGCGCCACCGAAACUCAGGCGGGAAGACUACACGGUGGGCUGGGUCUGCCCGCUUGAGGUCGAACAAAUCGCUGCCCUGCAGAUGCUCGACACCCACCACGACCGCCUCCCACAGCCUGCUACCGACCACAACGUCUACAACCUGGGGAGCAUUGCAAGCCACAAUGUCGUCAUUGCUGGUCUUCCUCAGACCGGUAACAACUCGGCGGCCGCUGUCGUGACGCAGUUGCGGACGACAUACCCCAACGUCAAGUUCGGCUUGCUCGUCGGCAUCGGUGGCGGCGUUCCCGUCAAGACGGAUAGUGGCAUGAUUCGGCUUGGUGAUGUGAUUGUCAGCAAACCGACCGGGCCGCAUUCUGGCGCGGUGCAAUACGACCACGGCAAGGCGCUGACUGGCUCGUUUCAACGAACGGGAGCACUUGCCCCACCGCCAACCGUGCUCCUCCACGCAGCACAAGACCUCGCAUCCAAACGAGCGAUGGUGCGAGACGAUCCGAUCGCAAAGAGUAUCGAGCGUAUCGAUACGACAAUCCGAACACUCCGACAUUUCGCGUAUCCCGGUGCUGGACAGGACCGUCUCUUUAAGGCGGACUACCCCCACCAGCAGCACGGGGUACCCUGCGACGAGUGCGGAUGCGAGGCGUCUCAGCAAAUUGCGCGACGGACCGAUGGGACUGACGAUACAUACAUCAGAAUCCACCGUGGAACGAUCGCAUCGGGAGAGCUCGUGCUUAAGGACGCUAUCUUGCGGGACCGACUCGCCAAGGAUGGAUUAAUCUGUUUCGAGAUGGAGGCGGCUGGGGCGCUGACAGACUUUCCAUGUCUGGUUAUUCGAGGGGUCUCAGACUACUGCGACUCGUACAAGAAUGACAUGUGGCAUGGAUAUGCUGCUGCGGCUGCGGCCGCGUACGCGCGGCAACUGUUCUUUCACAUGCCUAUUGAUGAGGUGCAAUAG